GGUUUUAAUUACGAAAACAGUAAAAAAAAAAAUCCUGGUCAGGGAGUUUGUUUGAUUAUUUGGUGUUAGUUUUUAACAAAAUACUUGAUCCGACUCAUGUUUGCCUAUGUGUAUUAGCAAAGCAAGUAUUUAAUCUUUCCACAAAUCUGUGGUAGCCAAUAAGUUACGCUACAUGUAGCUAUCUAGUUCACUUGGUACUUCUGCGCUACACUAGCUAGUUAGGCAAGAUUGGCUAUUUGUUGCUAGUUAAAAGUUAGGUUGCUAAUAUCGUGUUUGUUCAGUUUGCAAUCAAUCAAAUACGCGGCUAUGGCGUGCACACUGGAAAAGGUUAUUGGCGAUGCUAGGACACUACUUGAGCGUCUCAAAGAGCACGACACGGCCGCGGAAGGACUAAUCGAGCAGUCAGGAGCUCUUAGCCAGAGGGUUCAAGGCAUGAGGGAGGUUGGGAAUGCCCUUCCAGACAAGUAUAUGGAGGAAAGUUCUGAGAUGCUGGAGUUGUCAAAACACAAGCCUCACAUCCUGCUAACCCAAGAGAAUACCCAAAUAAAGGAGCUGCAGCAAGAAAACAGAGAACUGUGGCUUUCUUUGGAGGAGCACCAGUAUGCGCUUGAGUUGAUCAUGGGUAGAUACCGCAAGCAAAUGCUACAGCUUAUGAUGGAAAAGAAGGAGCUGGACACAAAGCCAGUUCUUAGCCUUCAUGAGGACCAUGCUAAGGAAGUGCAAAGCCAACUGAAGCGGAUAUGUGAGAUGGGUCAGGUGAUGAGAAGAGCUGUUCAGGUGGAUGACCAGCAUUACUGCUCUGUGCGAGAGAGGCUAGCACAGCUAGAGAUUGAAAACAAGGAGCUUCGAGAUUUACUGACCAUUAGUAAGAGUUCUGUGAGGCCACAGAAGCAAGAUUCCAGCCAACAAGCAACAGAGGAAACAGCCCAACCAGGAACCUAUCAGUGAUGUCCAUAGAGAGUGGGGAAGAACCGUCACCCCCAGGACCACUAGAAAGGGUUGACUACACCUCAGGUCAACCCUUUCUUUUAAGACAAAGUCCAUUAUUUGUGGUGUUCUUUGCCAUUUAAUAAAUACAGUAUCUCCAAGGCUGCGCUUAAAAAGCACAUCUCUCCCUGCUGACUGGUACAAUGCUUCAGAUCUUUUUAUAUCAAGUCUAGUUCAGAGCUGGAUGUGAUUGAUGCAAUCACUGAAAAAAUAUCAGAAUAGGUACUUCCUGCUGCCCAAUGAACCAAUGUAAAGGAGAUCUCAGCAACAGUCUUAAAAUAGCAGGUAAACUUUUGUAUGGGCCAAAGACAAUCCCAUUUGCUUUUUAUGCCAUGAUCUUUACAUUUUCAUAGUGAGUCUGUUUUGCCCUGGCCCUGAUUGUUUUCACAACUGUUCAGUCACACUUGCUUCUAGCAGAUUAUCAAUGUGUAUUUGUAUGUUAUGUGCCACUUAAGGACUAUUUGAUACAUUUCUAUUGGUCACACAGACAUUAAAACAGAUGUUCUCACGUGUAGCAAAAUGCUUGUACCUCAGCUCCUUCAUGCAGUCACUUAAAUAAAAUGGAAAAAAUAAAGUCCACAUAAGUACAAUUACAAAUUUUGAAAUACAAAUAGAUAUAUAAUCAAGUAAACAGGAGAUGGUCACUAAAGAAUUAAUUGGUCAUGUAAAAUUAGGGUUUUCAUAUUCUCGUCAUGCACACCUUAUCCUCUGUUUUUCAAAUAUUUUUAUGGACAUAGAGAACAGUACAAGAACUCUAACAUAUGCCCUGAAAACAAAGCUGCAUUUGUAGCCACUGGGAGCCAAAUUUGUAAUGGAAUUCAGGGCCGCAGUGUCUGACAAAACCAUGAUUUUUGUAACGUUUGUGGUCAGUAUUCAGUUAAUACAUUUAGACUUUGCGGUCAUAUAUUGUGGUCUGUUGUUGCACACUCAAAGCCAUGGCUGCUAGACUGAUUUUCAAAUAAUUCAUCACAUUUUGCAAAUGUUUACAAUUACAUUUGUGCUGGUCAACUCUAUUUUUCAAUCUUGUACUGCAGUGUGAGCACAUUGUAUUGAUGGAAUUAUCUGACCCAUUGUAUUGGAUAUGGCAGUGCCGAGGUAACAAGCCACAGCUUUCAGUGUACAGCUACGGACACCAAGGAGAAUUCUGGAGAAGGUAGAUUCAUAAAGGCAGAUUUCUCUCCUCAACACAGACCAAAAGAUAUUGCCUGAGAUUAUGGCCAGUAGGUUUAGUACUUAAGUGGGCAAACUAAUCCACUAGGAUUAAACUGGCUUCAUACUGAACUGUAACUCGUAUUCGGUUUUAUUUUUUUUAAUUUCUCAUCAAUUUAAUGCACUCACCUAGGUUACCUAAUGCCGAACUUGCUACUAAUAUUUCUUGAUAUGGAAAAGACAGCCUUCCAUGAAGCUGGUAGACCAGCAUAGAAAACAUGUUAUAAAAACAUUUUUGCUGCUUAAUGUUGUAAAUCAAAUCAAUGGAUAUAACAUAUUCUAGAGAAGGCUGUCGAUUCCUUACUACAUCAUGUAAUUAUUACAAUAAUUAGCAAUUGUCCAAAUGGUUAAUAUUGUUAGUAUUAACUGCUGAAUGGUAGGGUUGGGAAUUGUCUGGGACCUCACCAUGUGAUAUUAGCCUAAGCCUAUAUGUGAUGUUUUUGUUUAGCGGUAAUUUGACUCAAUAUUGUGAUAUAUUGUGGUGCAGUAUUCAUUUUACUAUAUAAUUUGUUUUUUCAUUGACAGUCAUACACAAGGACAAACAUUAGCCACACCAUAAUAUAUAAAAAGAUUAAUCAACUGCUUUUAUUUAAAACUUUCAUUUCUGCAUAUUAACCGAACAUUGAACACAUUUGACGCCAGAAAU